AUGGCAGGGUGUGACCGCGAGAAAGCUGUCACAAUUGUCACAAAGCCUGGCAGUUCUUUCGAAGACACUCAUCGUAUUCUGGAAGGUCUUUACCUCCACACUGUAUUCGCUGCGGAGAAUAUUCGAUCGGCACUGUCUUACGAGCCUCUGGAAGGUGACGUAUUCAUCGUCAGCUAUCCCAAGUGUGGAACAACAUGGCUGCAGCACAUCGCUAUCAACGUAUUAUUGGGCGGCUCUCUGACGUCGGACGACGUAGAACGAGUGAGGAACUCAACGUACCUCGAAUUCAUAGGCGCCGAAGGCGCGCGCAGACUGAAGCGACCGGUGCCCAUCAAGACCCACCUGCCAUUCGACAAGCAGCCCCACUCGGUGAAUGCCAAAUACAUCUACGUCACCCGGAAUCCCUAUGACUGUUGCGUGUCUUUCUACCAUCACUGUAAAGGACUCCCAUGGUAUCACUUCACCGGUGGUUCUUUCGACGACUUCGUCGAUGCGUUCGUGCGAGGAAAGGUCACCUACGGCGACUUUUUUGAUCACCUGCUUUCGUGGUAUGACCACCGUAACGACCCGAACGUCCUGUUCCUCACGUACGAGGACUUGAAGAAGGACCCCACUACCUCGGUCCUCAGGAUUGCCGACUUCCUCGGCGCCCGAGAGUACGGCGAACGUCUGAGAACGCAUCCCGACGUCCUGGAGAAAGUUCUUAACGGAAUGAGUUUAGAAUCCAUGAGAAAGUUGACUUUCACUAUCGAAGUAUCGAACGGCACGUCGCUUGCAGGGUGGCCUGGAGGAACUGAAGACAUAUCGCCGAGCGACAAGUUGAAAAAUGUGGAUUCGAAUGACUGCUCUUCGAAAGAGCUCACCGCGAAAAGCCUCCUGAGCGGGCAGCUCGUGCGCAAGGGUGUCGUAGGUGAUUGGAAGAACCAGUUCUCUUCCGAACAACUUAAGCGGAUGAAAGCUUGGAUUACUCUCAAAACUCAAGACUCAGACGUUAUGACCUUGUGGGAGCACGUCGACCUUCCGUAA